CUUUCUUGAAAAUUUAAUUCUUAUUAGGUUGUUACAAAUUUAUCUCCAAGUUAAUAGUGUUUUAUUUCUUGUGGUCAUCUCUUUCUGGUGCAAACAGAAAUGUCGAUCACCAACAUAAACGAUAAUGUCGCAGCACCUAUCGUGGUAAAUCCCCUACAACCUCCACCAGCGUACUUUACUCUCUCCCAUCAGCAACUUUCGACUGCAAAUUCGCCCCGACCUUCCGCACCAUUGGCAGACCCACCCCCAUGUUACAGUGUGUACAGUUUUGACCAGGACAGAGCCCACAAUCAAUUCAUGAGAGGCCAGGAUGAGAGACGGGUGCAAGUCUUGCGUGCGUACACGUUGAUCAUGGUUUUGAUUCUGACCACUAUGUCCCUGGUUGCGCUGUCCAAACUACUACCAGCCUCGCUGUCCACCCGCCUGUACACCCAUCACUGGAUCUACUACGUGUCUGGCAUACUGAUGGCCGCGUCUCUCAUCGUGUUGGCUCUUUGGCAAACCUCUGGCUUUUCUAAAAUUCUCAACGACUGCUGGCUACUCUUGCUCUGGGGCAGUUCCACUAUCAACCUAAUUCUGAUUGGAAAGCACUACACACUGAAUGCAGUUUACUUGGCUGGCUGUCUCACGAUUGUGUCUGCUGUUUGCCUAACCCUAUUUGCUCUUCAGUUGAGGACAGAUUUGACAAAGAAGAGUUGCGAGUUGCUGGUUCUGCUUUGCGGCUUGGCUGCCUUUGUCGUGACCAUGACCGUGCUACGUGGCGGAGAGGAUGCCAAGAUUACCGCCUCGGCCGCGUGGAUUACCACCUCUGUCAUUCUGCUGCCCUUUGUAACACAAGUCUUUGUUGGUGGACGCAAACUGGAGCUGGACAGGGAAGAUUUCAUCCUAGCAGUUGCUAUACUGUUCACUCUGAUUGCCAGCUCCUUCCAGCACAUUUUGAUUUAUUUCUCAAUCUAGCGAAAAUACUGGAAUUUGGUUCAAAAUAAAUGAUUUCUCGAGUUACAAGCCGUCAAAAAGGUCGUUCACCUUAAUAAAAAAUAGACCACCUGCACGACACAGCAAGUGAGCGGAAUGCAUAGCUUGGAUUUCCAACUUUUCACGGAAAAUGUUUUUUGUAAAGAAACUUAUACUUUUUCAAUUUAUUGGAUGAACCAUCAGAUAAAUAAACACACUGUAUAAAAUUAAUCCAUGAUCUCAAUAGAUAGUAGAGCUGAGUACAGCUUUUCCCAUUAUCUGUUCAAAUGUGUCCUCAAUCUCCUGACACAAACAGAAAUUGUCUUGCGGCACUACAGCAGAUCGGCCAGGUCCUCUCUUGCAAGAAUGUCCCGUCAGAGCACCUUGCGAAAUUUCCACUCGCCCCAGUUGCUGCAGGAAA